GAGAGGAGGCUGUAACGUUAGAGGAUUGUAGAGGAGGUCUUCGGUGGUGUUUUGUCUGGAGCCAUGGAGCGUUUCCUGGUCUUUGUGAAGCAGAUCAGGAGGUCCAGGAGACGGAAGGGGAAAAAGUACAGACCGGAGGAGGACUAUCAGGAGGGAUAUGAAGAUGUGUAUUAUUAUGCUUCUGAACACCUGCACAAUUCCUGCUACAAAAGCGACGACGAAGAUGAGGGGCCGUACACAAAGCACUCCAACCCCUCCAGGCCACCGGAUGGAGCGCUGGCCAUCAGGAGGCAGAGUAUCCCAGAUGAGUUUAAAGGCUCCAGUGUUGUGGAGUUAAUGAAGAAAGAAGGCACCACUCUAGGACUCACUGUGUCCGGGGGCGUCGACAAGGAUGGAAAACCACGGGUGUCCAACCUGCGCCAGGGAGGCAUCGCUGCUAGGAGUGACCAGCUCAACGUGGGCGACUACAUCAAGUCUGUAAACGGGAUCAAUCUGACCAAGUUCCGUCACGACGAGAUCAUCAGCCUGCUGAAGAACGUUGGAGAACGUGUGGUUCUAGAGGUGGAAUACGAGCUGCCACCUGUCUCUGUUCAAGGCUCUGGGCUGAUGUUCAAAAGCGUUGAGGUGACUCUGCACAAAGAAGGCAAUACGUUCGGCUUUGUCAUCCGAGGAGGAGCCCACGAGGACAGGAACAAAUCCCGCCCCGUUGUCAUAACGACCAUCAGGCCAGGUGGACCUGCUGACAGGGAAGGUACGGUGAAGCCAGGGGACAGGCUCCUGAGUAUCGAUGGGAUCCGUCUUCACGGGACAUCCCAUGCAGAGGCCAUGUCCAUCCUGAAACAGUGUGGACAAGAGGCUACGCUGCUCAUCGAGUAUGACGUCUCCAUCAUGGACUCCAUAGCCACAGCUUCAGGGCCUCUGCUGGUUGAGGUUGCCAAGUCCCUGGGGUCCAGUCUGGGCCUGGCCCUCAACACCUCCAUGUACUGCAACAAGCAGGUCAUCAUCAUAGACAAGGUCAAGCCCGCAAGCAUCGCAGACAGGUGCGGAGCUCUGCACGCGGGUGACCACAUCCUGUCUGUGGAUGGUACCAGUAUGGAGUACUGUACCUUGGCCGAGGCCACCCAGCUGCUCGCCAGCGCCUGUGAACACGUCAAGAUGGAGAUCCUGCCACACCACCAGACCAGACUGGCCCUCAAGGGCCCUGAACAUGUCAAGGUGCAGAGAAGCACGCGGACCCUUCCCUGGGAGUCCUCUUCAGCCAACAACAACAGCAACUUCCUCCCCUACCAACACUAUAACACCUACCAUCCUGACCAGUCCCAGAGACACCAGGCCUCCAAGCACCACAAAACCUCUCCCAACAACCCCCCUCUAGGCUCAUCCUUCUCUCCUACCUCUAUGAGUGCCUACAGUCUGAGUUCCCUCAACAUGAGCACCCUGCCCAGGAACAUGUACCCCACCAGCCCCAGAGGAACCAUGAUCAGGAGGAAACUCAAGAAGAAGGACUUCAAGAGCUCACUGUCUCUGGCUAGCAGUACCCUGGGUCUAGCAGGUCAGGUUGUUCACACUGAGACGACUGAGGUGAUUCUGCUCAGUGACUCUAUCAUGGGGUUUGGUAUCCAGCUGCAGGGGGGGGUGUUUGCCACAGAGACCCUAUCCUCACCCCCGCUCAUCGGCUAUUUGGACCCAGACAGUCCUGCAGAGAGGUGCGGGAUUUUGCAGAUAGGUGACCGUAUCCUGUCUAUAAACGGGAUCCCUACAGAGGACAGCACCUUGGAAGAGACCAAUCAGCUACUGAGAGACUCCAGCAUCACCAGCAAGGUCUCGCUGGAGAUAGAGUUUGACGUGGCAGAGUCAGUCAUCCCUAGCAGUGGCACCUUCCAUGUGAAGCUACCAAAGAAGCCUGGGGUGGAGCUGGGGAUCACUAUCAGCUCUCCGUCCAGUAGGAAACCUGGGGACGCUCUCAUCAUCUCCGACAUCAAGAAGGGCAGCGUGGCUCACAGGACUGGUACUCUGGAGCUGGGGGACAAGCUGCUGGCCAUCGAUAACAUCCGCCUGGACAACUGUUCCAUGGAAGACGCUGUUCAGAUUCUCCAGCAGUGUGAAGAACUGGUCAAGCUCAAGAUACGCAAGGACGAGGACAACUCAGACGAACAGGAGCUGUCUGGAUCCAUCAUCUACACGGUGGAGCUGAAGAGAUAUGGAGGCCCGCUGGGGAUCACCAUCUCAGGCACAGAGGAGCCCUUUGACCCCAUCGUCAUCUCCAGCCUCACCAAGGGAGGACUGGCCGAGAGGACGGGAGCGAUCCACAUCGGGGACAGGAUCCUAGCCAUCAACUGUAACAGUCUGAAGGGUAAACCACUGAGUGAAGCCAUUCACCUGUUGCAGAUGGCUGGAGAGUCUGUCACACUGAAGAUCAAGAAACAGGGAGAACUGGCCAGUCCCAAGCAGCCGUCGGUGUCUGGUCAUCUCAGUGAUGUGAUGCUGAGUGAUGUGGAGGACGAGGCAGGGUUAGGCGGGCUGGGAGGCCAGGCAGAGAGCCAGAAACUUGGGAAGCUCUCUGACCUCUACUCCACCACCAUCCCCUCUGUGGACUCAGCCGUGGAGUCCUGGGACGGCUCGGCCAUAGACACCACCUUCAACACCCAGGCCCCAGGUUUCCAGGCGUCUGGCUACAGCUUCCACAGCCAUGAGUGGAGGAACGCCAAGCCCAGCCAGGGCAGCCUGUCCCCUGUCAGCACCCGCCAGAGACACAACAUCCUGGCAGACCUCGGCCUCAGCGAUGACGAAUGGGACAGACCCACCGCCGGCGGGUUCACUGUGGGUCAUGACGGGACCGAGCCGGACCAGGAAGAGAACUUCUGGUCUCAGGCCCUGGAAGAUCUAGAGACCUGCGGCCAGUCUGGCAUCCUGAGGGAACUGGAGGCCACCAUUAUGUCAGGCAGCAGUCUGAGUCUGAACCAUGACCCUGCUCCUCUGAGGAGCCACCUGGGUCGGCAGGCCAGCUUCCAGGAGCGCAGCGCAGCCCGGCCGCAGUACAACCAGUCCUCGCGCUCCAACACCCUGCCCAGCGGGGGGCGCAAGGCCUUCGCCAUGAGGAAGAUGAAACAGGAGAUGAAUGACAUCAUGUCGCCCACCCCCGUGGAGCUGCACAAGGUGAGUCUGUUGAAGGAGUCGGACCUUGAAGACUUUGGCUUCAGUGUGUCGGAUGGCCUCCUGGAGAAAGGUGUCUAUGUCAACAACAUCCUCCCAGGGGGACCUGCAGAGGUCGGGGGGCUGAAGUCCUACGACAGGCUGCUACAGAUCAACCACGUGAGGACCAGAGACUUCGACUGCUGUCUGGUGGUCCCUCUGAUUGCCGAGUCAGGCAACAAACUGGACCUGGUGAUCAGCAGGAACCCUGCUUCCUCCAGGACCGGGUCCCAGUCAGAACUGAACCAGCUACCCACCGAGGAGCCUGUCAUCAACUGGACCGAGCCGGGAGACAGCCUCUCUGGCCCUCCACCGACCCAGAACCACCAUUCCUUAUCCAGGAUGGCUGCUGGAAUCGGGGUGACUGGGAUCGGGGUGGCGCUGGCCGGGGCUGGGCUAGAUGAUAGAGACCCCACUAAGACCUUAUAGCAGACUGGAGGUCUGAAGGCCCAAGGCUCUCUGUCUGUCUGUCCCACUAAGACCUUAUAGCAGACUGGAGGUCUGAAGGCCCAAGGCUCUCUCUGUCUGUCUGUCCCACUAAGACCUUAUAGCAGACUGGAGGUCUGAAGGCCCAAGGCUCUCUCUGUCUGUCUGUCCCACUAAGACCUUAUAGCAGACUGGAGGUCUGAAGGCCCAAGGCUCUCUCUGUCUGUCUGUCCCACUAAGACCUUAUAGCAGACUGGAGGUCUGAAGGCCCAAGGCUCUCUCUGUCUGUCUGUCCCACUAAGACCUUAUAGCAGACUGGAGGUCUGAAGGCCCAAGGCUCUCUCUGUCUGUCUGUCCCACUAAGACCUUAUAGCAGACUGGAGGUCUGAAGGCCCAAGGCUCUCUGUCUGUCUGUCCCACUAAGACCUUAUAGCAGACUGGAGGUCUGAAGGCCCAAGGCUCUCUCUGUCUGUCUGUCCCACUAAGACCUUAUAGCAGACUGGAGGUCUGAAGGCCCAAGGCUCUCUCUGUCUGUCUGUCCCACUAAGACCUUAUAGCAGACUGGAGGUCUGAAGGCCCAAGGCUCUCUCUGUCUGUCUGUCUGUCUAUCCCACUAAGACCUUCUAUCAGAGUGGUGGUCUGAAGGCCCAAGGCUCUCUCUGUCUGUCUGUCUAUCCCACUAAGACCUUCUAUCAGAGUGGUGGUCUGAAGGCCCAAGGCUCUCUCUCUCUCCCCUUCCCUUCUGAGUUAUCCUCCCCCUGGUGCUACUGUAGAAAACCACUCUGAUGAGACAGGGGUCAAUCUAAAAUGGAGCCCUAUUGCAUGUGUAGGGCACUACUUCUAUCCAUAACCUCUUUGCAGGCUAACCCCUCACAGCUCUGGCUAAAAGUAGUGCACUACCUAGGGAAUAGUGUGCUAUUUAGGACACAGACAGACAGACAGACAGACAGACAGACAGUGUUCCUAGGUGGACAGUGGGGUCCGGGGCCGCUAAGUCAAAGCGCACUGACAAAACUAAACUCCUUCCUCUGAGCCAGAGCAUGAGCCACAAUCACAAGAGGUUUCCUCCUCUUCCUCCCUCACACUGGGGACUAUUGAGUACGGUACGCACCUCUACCCCAAGACUACAAAGAACUACAAAGAUGGAGGCAACAUCGACCACACUGACCUCUUGGAAAAUACCUGAGACAAAAAUAAUAACAGUGAUGAAGUGAAACAAUAGUGCCAUCGGACCGAUCCUCUCCUUUUUAUUACUGCAGCUGGACAAUAAGACAGUAACACAGUUCUGUUUAAAACAAAAAAGAAAACACAAUAACAUUUGCUGAAACGUUUACAUGUGAUGCUGGACUGGCCACUCUGUAUGUGUAUGUUUGUGUGCGCGCACCACUGCUGUGUCGCGUCGUGACGGAUACAAGGCCAGAGUAAUACAUACCCUCUAUCUAGUUAUUAUAGGGAGUCCUUCCUUCCCUCCCUCGCUCUCUUUGUCUCUCUCGCUCACACUUGGCUUCGCUCUGUCCUCCUCGUCCCCCUUCAUCUGUCAUACCUGGGUCUCACUAGCUCUGUCCCUCCCCCAGUGAUUUCUAAGGGUUUUUACAGAGAAAAUAUCAGUACUGCGUCUGACUUCUCCCCAAUGAUUUUUAAGUACACUAUUUCACUUGAAAAAAAAUAGCACAAUAUUUUAAACGUUAGCCCCUUUAUUUUCUGAAACCUGAACUGUAGUCCUGCCUCUCGUAGACGAGACUGAGGAGGAGGAUGUUGAAAUGAAACCAGGACAGCCAGGCGUCCCCUUAGGCUUCAUCACAAUGCAUUUGGCAGCCGAGACAAGACGUGAUGUGACGUUUCCUCACCAAGCUCACUGCUUGACCUAGAAGCAUAAUAUAUGAAACCCUUUAGAAAAGGAUUUAAAAAGCUUUGCUUUGGGGAGGAGAAUAAAGAAGCAGCUUUAUCUAGGCUAUACACAAUUAGAAAGAAACAAAAAUGGUACCAAUCAUACCAUUCCCAAACAAAAUGGCGACUUCUCUGAAUCCUAGAAUACAGGAUCACCAUUUCCCUUAUAAUAAGGUGGUGGUACUGAAGCACCUUAUCCUUCAUUUGGACAUAGAUCUAUUUUCAUAAAUAGAUGCAGAAGAGAUGGGGUUCUUUACCAUACGAGGAGGUAAUAUAUGCAAUGUGCUUCCUUACAGCUGCACUAGUCAAGGAGGAAAAACUGACUCGUGGUCCUGAGUCUGACUUGCUUGCAUACAGUAUGUGUGAAAUAGGUAUGCUAACACUGUGCUGUUACAGGAACCAGAGACAGAGUUUAAAAAAAUUUAUUGUGACAUCCAAUUAGUAGUUAGAAUCUUGCCCCAUCGCUGCAACUCCCGUACAGGGAGAGGUGAAGGUCGAGAGCCAUGCGUCCUCCGAAACACGACCCUGGCAAGCCGCACUGCUUCUUGACACACUGCUCGCUUAACCCCGAAGCCAGCCGCACCAAUGUGUGGGAGGAAACACCGUGCAACUGGCAACCGAAGUCAGCUUGUAGACGCCCAACCCGUCACAAGGAGUCGCUAGAGCGCAAUGGGACAAGGAAAUCCCGGCCGGGCCAAACCCUCCCCUAACCCGGACAACGCUGGGCCAAUUGUGUGCCGUCUCAUGGGUCUCCCGGUCACGGCCGCCUGUAACACAUCCUGGGAUGGAACCCGGGGCUGUAGUGACGCCUCGAGCCCUGCGAUGCAGUACCUUAGACCGCUGAGCCACGCGGGAGGCCCCAGAGAAAAAGUCCUACUACUUCAGAACAUUGGACAGCACAUUGCAGGUAGUUUCAUCGGUCCUGAAACGAACUACUACUUAGGAAGCGGCACCUAUAAAACUGGGUUUAGAAAAACUACUUCCAUGUUAUAGCAGUCAUUUAUCCUUUUAAAACGACGUUCUGAAAAGAACAACCAACCAGAUAUCAAAUCAACCUUAAUAUCGCACCCUGAAUAGUAAGGUUACUGAUUUCAUUUCUGCCAUCCAAUCAAAAUGACCCAUUGAUUUAAGGGGAGGGGGGGAAAAAAGCAUGAGGUAAAAUCUAAAAUAACCCAAGUAAUUCAAAACAGCUUUUCUAUUUUGUAUCCCACCACCCCUGUACCCUACCUGAGUAAAUAUCAACUAAUAUGCUAAUCUGUGUGAUACUGGCGUUGUUUAAAGUAUGUUUUUGUAUGGUUCAUUGUUUUUCUGAGGUUUGCCCCCCAAAAGGCUUCAAAUAAUAACAAAGAAUUUGUAAUAUAGAAAAUGACACUUGUUUGAUGAUGAUGAUGAUGAUGAUGAUGAGAGGUGUAUGUUGAAGGGUCCAGUGUAAUGUCUUACCCUAUAAUGGUAAGGCAACAAGGUAAGGUAACAAGGUAAGGCAACAAGGUGUAAUUCCAGUAGAUUUUCACUUCAUAAAAAAGAAACUAUUACACCAGAAAAAAACAGAGGUCUGUUCAAAAGCAGGCUGUGAGAAAACAGAUAUUCCCAACCGUGUACUUCAUGUAAACUAGUGGCUUUUUGACGAGUGAUGUCACCUUUGUCUUCAGUGCUCACACAACACUGUCUCUUGCUUAUAGAACUAGAUCAGACUUGAAAUGGGGAAAUCCCAUUCUAGGAUUUCUAUUUCUAUGGUCUCACUAUUUAGAAAUGGCUCACGUACAACAGCAUUAUCCGUCCCACUAUACAACCAACCACUCAAUCUCUCAUUUAGGCAACGAUCUCUCACUUACGCCAUAGAGACCGUUGGAAAAGCAAUGUCGUCUCAAAUGUUCACUGUCAAGUACUGUAUUUAUACAUUGACAACUCCCAAUACACUGGAUAUUUAACUACUGAAAUGGCUGACAUCAAAUGCACUCUAUAUUGAAAUGGCUGACAUCAAAUACACUGGAUACUCAGCUACUGAAAAUAGCUGACAUCUCAACUACUGAAAUGACUACACACAGUUCAACCGUAGUAGCCCAACAGUAAUAUUUGACUACUUCAGUCACUGCUACUAUUGUUGUCUUUUAGAGUUCAGUUGAAUCUCAAGCCAUCGCUGUGUCAAAAAAACAGUGGUUUAUUUAACCACAGAUACAGUUCAUUGCAGACAUUUGCACCUUAGUUUCUUUACAAUUCACCUCAACGUUACAGAGAACAAGCUUUUGGACUUAUGCAGACGAAACCUUGAGUUUAAAAAAAAAAAAGCUCAGGUGGAGUGGUCAUUUUUCUGUUAAUACUGGAGUAUACACUGCCAAUUACCAUAGUGGGGUCAACCAUUUUCAAUGUAUGAUACAGUUAAAGAAUCAAACUCACUGUUUAAGUCCCUGAAAAAUUGUAUUUUUAUUUCUAAUGGACCGGUAUUAUGACCUGUAAAGUAUUUUUGUACAAAUUUAAUACUUUGGUAGCAUGAUAUUUAUCGUCUAUGUAUAACUUUGGGAAUUCCUCCAGCUGUAAACCUUUGUAUGGCCGAGAGAAGAGAAACAAUAAAAAAUGAUUUACAGAGUGGGAAAAACACAA